CUGACCAACGAGCAACACAUCAGCAGACAAGUUAGCCAAACAGAAGAACAACCAUGUUAAUUAUCUUAGCUUUCAUCAUCCUCUUCCAUGUGGCCGCAACCAUCCUCCUCUUUGUUGCAACCAUAAACAAUGCAUGGUGGGUGGUGCCUCAACCUGGACGGGACUUGAUCUACACUGACUUGUGGUACUCCUGUAAUUCCACCUGCUACCCCGUAGAGAACAGCCACACUGUUGAAGCAGCCUAUCUGCAGGCAGUCCAGGCUACUAUGAUCCUGGCCACCAUGUUAUGUUGCGUCAGCUUCUUUGUCUUCAUUCUUCAGCUGUUCAGGCUCAAACAGGGGGAAAGAUUCGUUUUCACUGCUAUCAUCCAGCUACUGGCCUCUCUGUGUGUGAUGGUUGGGGCGUCUAUCUACACGGCUCAGAAAUCAUCCUUUCAUUUGCCCAAUCUUCAGAAAGGCUAUUAUGGAUCCUCCUAUAUCCUGGCAUGGAUUAGCUUCCCCAUGACUCUCAUCAGUGGCCUCAUGUACUUGGUGCUCAGGAAACGCAAAUAGAUGUGAUGGUCUUGAACUCCAGGCACACAGAUCUCCCAAUAUAUGAAUAGGAACACAUGGACAUAUAUGCUUAGAGACAUACAGUUUUUUCAACAAAAAUGUAUGCACACUUUCGCUUUUUAACACUUAGAUUUUAAAAUAUCACUGCAGAUAAAGAAGAAUCCAUCAUAAUUUCAACCAAACAGUACACCAACAAAGCAUUCAGCGUUACAUUUUUUUUCCACCUUACACACUUAAAACCCCUUUUACU